AUGUCUCGAUCUAACCUUGGUUAUGGUUUCGCAGUUGCCGCCUUUGUUGGAGUGACGUAUGAUUGGGCACUUACAUUCGGGCAAGAGGUUGAACUGGUCUGGAGGCAACGUUGGUCCUUGAUGACAGUUCUGUAUCUCGGUGUGCGCUACCCUGGAUUCUUAUUUGCUGCCCUGGUCGUAGUGGGCAAUAUUCCGACCAUCUCGCUGACAGAUACACUUCUUGGUUUACUCAUGACUGCCACCCUAUACUGUCAUAGAUGCUUCAUUAUGUUUGUCACACGGGAUGUGACGAAUGCCUUUGUACUACCAAUGCUGUGGGUCAUCAUCAUCACUCGGUUAUAUGCCAUGUAUCAAGGAUCCAGAAAGAUCCUGAUAUUUCUCAUUGUCACCUUCCUGGCUGUUGCCAUUUUAAACGGAGGGACAAUCGUAAUAACAACGAUGCGUAGUUCAGGAGUGGAACUCAUUUUCUCUGGCACUCAUCAGUGCGCGAUUGCCUAUCCGGAAGUUACUCAACUUCUAAAUUCCAUUUCUUGGAUAUUCGGUACCGUGUGGGAGGUCCUCGCACUAUGUCUCGCAAUCUGGAUUGCUGUAAAACACUUCCGUGAACUACAACGACAUUCGACGGGAGGGUUUAUCGAGGACUGUUUCACAGUGGUCCGAUAUGGUAGCUUUGUUGCUGUUUCUUGCUCCCAUAUCAUUUUUGAUUUCUCUCCCACACUGAUCUCAACGGGCCAACAAUCCAUAGGCGCUCAGACUUUGUACGGCUUUCUUCAAAUUUUAGAGGUCGUGCACACGUCUGUGCUAGGACCACGCCUGAUCCUUGGCAUUCGAGAAUAUAACGCCAAGCUCGUGGCCGACUCUGACGCAGCAACAGGCAUGACCUCGAUCGCUUUUCAAGAACGCGUGCAUAUAUCAACUAGCAGUAGUGUGUGA